CCCAGUUAGUUAACGGCAAUGUGAGUUAACGGGAAAGUUCACUGAGUGAGUUCAGCUGUGUGUCGAGACGGGGAUAGUUUUACCAGGCGUGUGUUUCCAGACUUUCAGACGCAAUGCCAGCCUUCGGUGGAGCUGUGCCAUAAACGAGAAGGCGAGUCCUCUGACCCAGUGUCUCCCCAAGUGACCCCCAGCCCCAACCUGACUCAGGGAUAUCAUGGCACCCCUCCACGUUCACUUUUCGACACUCCUCUUCCUCCUCCACCUCUCAUUUCUCCUCCUGGCCCACCCCUGCACUUCCUUCAGGCCUCAGGUUGUAGAGCGAGAGUCUGGCCCCGAGCAGCCUCAGUCCUCUGGUAACACUACAGGGUCUGGCAAGCGCACAUGUACAGGCAUUGUGGUGUGUAAACCCGGUAUCCUGCUGCCGGUGUGGUUACCACUGAACCCUCCACUGGGGGAGCAGGCAGGAAGGGCUGUCAUCUACUUCCUCUGUCUUAUGUACAUCUUCCUGGGUGUGUCCAUCAUUGCAGAUCGCUUCAUGGCAUCCAUAGAAGUCAUCACCUCUCAGGAGAAAGAGGUGACCAUCACCAAACCCAAUGGUGAAACAACAGUAACGACAGUGAGAAUAUGGAAUGAAACUGUGUCCAACCUCACGCUCAUGGCCCUGGGCUCCUCUGCACCUGAGAUCCUGCUUUCUGUUAUUGAGGUGUGUGGGCACAACUUUCAUGCAGGGGAGCUUGGCCCGGGCACCAUAGUGGGCAGCGCUGCCUUCAAUAUGCUUGUAAUAAUUGGUAUCUGUGUGUGGGUGAUCCCUGACGGAGAGGCCCGCAAGAUCAAACACCUUCGAGUGUUUUUUAUUACGGCUUUCUGGAGUAUUUUUGCCUACAUUUGGCUCUACCUCAUACUGGCUGUCAUCUCACCUGGGAUUGUAGAGGUGUGGGAGGCCGCAGUGACGCUGCUUUAUUUUCCGGUGUGUGUGAUCUUGGCUUGGAUUGCUGACCGCCGCCUACUCUUCUACAAAUACAUGCACAAGCGUUACCGUGCUGACAAGAGGCAUGGCAUUGUGGUGGAAAUGGAAGGUGACCUGGAGCCCAAAGGCAUUGACAUGAUCAUGGAUGGAAAGUUGUCAGACGGCAGUUCGUGCCCUGGAAACUCCAGUGUGACAGUCUCUGUGCAGACAGGCAAUGAUCUACACCAGAACAAAGAUGAGGUGGUCCGCAUCCUGAAAGACCUGAAGGAGAAACACCCAGACAAAGACCUGGAUCAGCUGAUUGACAUGGCUAACUACUCUGCUCUGGUUCACCAGAAGAAGAGCCGUGCCUUCUACCGUGUUCAGGCGACACGCAUGAUGAUUGGCGCCGGCAACAUAUUAAAGAAACAUGCAGCUGAACACUCACGUCGCUCAGGAGACCAGGAGGCUGACAAGGCCACAUGCUCGCACAUUUGUUUUGAAACUGCCCAGUACCAGUGCACAGAGAACUGUGGCUCUGCGAGUCUCUGGGUGAUACUUGAGGGGGGCACAGGCCAGAACACUUUCUGUGUGGACUACUGUACAGAAAAUGGCUCCGCCAAUGCUGGGGCAGAUUAUGAAUUCAGUAAGGGAACCCUGGUGUUUAAGCCAGGGGAGACCCGCAAAGAGAUUAAGGUGGGCAUCUUGGAUGAUGACAUCUUUGAGGAGGAUGAGCAUUUCUUUGUGUGUCUUCGGAACCUGAGGUUAGAAGAAAGUGGAAAUGAAGGGACAGGAACUCCCCCCAAGGGUAGACUAGUGGAGCCAACGGUUGCCACUAUCACUAUCUUGGACGAUGACCAUGCUGGCAUCUUCACCUUUGGCCAACGAGUAUUGCGGGUGAGUGAGAGCACAGGCACGCUGACGGUGACAGUGGUGAGGAGCUCGGGCUCCAGGGGCACGGUUGCUGUGCCGUACCAUACAGAGGAUGGCAGCGGCAAGGCUGGGGUGGACUACGAGGAGAGCAGAGGGGAGCUGGAAUUCACCAAUGAACAGACCAGUCAGAUCUUACAAGUGCACAUUAUAAAUGUGGAGGAGUAUGAGAAGCAGGAAAACUUCUUCAUUGUGCUGGAGGAUCCUAAAUGGCUGAAGCGAGGAAUUUCUGCACUGCUGUUAAACCAGGGCAACCCCACCCCUGAGGAGGAAGAAGCCCGGAGGAUCUCUGAGAUGGGCAAACCCAUUCUAGGAGAGCACAGCAGGCUAGAGGUCAUCAUAGAGGAGUCCUGUGAGUUUAAGAAAACAGUGGACAAACUCCUGAAGGACACAAAUCUGGCUUUAGUGAUUGGCACACACUCGUGGAGAGAGCAGUUCAUUGAAGCAGUCACCGUCAGCGCAGGUGAUGGAGAUGAGGAGGAGGGACAGGAGCAGCGAAUGCCGAACUGCUUCGACUAUUUUAUGCACAUAUUGUGCAUUUUCUGGAAGAUUCUGUUUGCUUGCAUCCCACCCACCGAGUACUGGAAUGGCUGGGCUUGCUUCCUAGUGUCAAUCUCUGUCAUUGGUUUCUUAACAGCCAUUAUUGGAGACCUUGCUUCCCAUUUUGGCUGCACCAUCGGCCUGAAAGACACUGUCACUGCGGUGGUCUUUGUAGCACUGGGGACUUCACUUCCUGAUACUUUUGCCAGUAAAGUGGCUGCCACUCAGGACCAGUAUGCAGAUGCAUGUGUGGGAAAUGUGACAGGAAGCAAUGCAGUCAAUGUGUUUUUGGGCAUUGGGGUGGCCUGGUCCGUGGCUGCUGUAUAUUGGGAAGUCAAAGGUAAAGUCUUCCGUGUGGACCCCGGCUCGCUGGCCUUCUCCGUCACACUCUUCACCAUUUUUGCCUUCUUCACUAUGGGAGUGUUGAUGCUACGCCGGAGGCCGUCCAUAGGCGGCGAGCUUGGCGGCCCGAGGAUCCCCAGAGUUCUCACUUCACUGCUUUUCUUUGGACUCUGGUUCCUCUACGUCCUCUUCUCUAGCUUAGAGGCCUAUUGCCAUAUACAAGGCUUCUGAGAGAGCACAGCUGGGGAGAGUAAUGACUGCACAAUAACAAACACACUAGACCGGGACAUUCACCUUUACAGUACUGUUAGGGUAACUACCACUGAGAAGAUCUAUCAUCACUUGACAACUGCUGCCAUGGUCCGUAAAAAUAAAUGUAUACACACUACAGACUUGCACAUGCAAAUCUGUACGUCAUACCCACUGCAGGACAGUUCCAGCCAGUAUAAAUGAUUGUGACAGUACUGAUUUAUUUUCACUUGAGUAGACUAAAUAACAUGUAGUGACUGUAUUUGAUAAAGGAGAGCAAAUGGUCAACAUGUACUCAGUGAAGGCACUGGAUUUUGCUUGAUGCCUGAUGACUGAUUACCUGGAUUUCAAGUUUGGUCUUUUUUCACCUCACGCUUAUAGAGGCUGGGUCAGUUUAGACAGCCUAACCUAGUAAAUAAAUAAGAAAAUCAAUGACGGCAGAUGAGCAAUGUUAAGUGAUAAAACAUGAAAAGCUGCCCUGAUACAUGAAAAUAAUGGUUGAAGAACACUACGCUUUUUGUUGUCAAAUCCAUUAUUUUUUGAACAUCAGGACACCUGGGUGUAUCACCACGCUUAUACAAUGGCCACUUGUCACGGGCAAAGUGGAAGAUGUGUUCUAACUGUCAUCCAUUUUUAAAGUUUGUUUGUUAUCAGUGAGCAUUAACCCAUAAUUAGGUCUUUUUGACAAGUUAGAGUUUAUUGUUAAGGUAGCUCAAAGCAAAAGUAAUGUUGCUAUGGUUACCUUCAGUUUUUGCGCAGAGAUUUAGAACAAUAGUUAAACUGUUGUCUGUUAAAGUGUUUAAGUUGUCUUGGUGUACAAUUUUGAAUUGGACUGCCAGCCAAUCAGAACCAAGUGUCUUCUGCGGCCGUGGUAUAGAAAAAUGAGCACAGUUUGGUCACAAUCUACAGUUUGGGAGAUAAGCUGCUGUUGUGUAAUAUCUCUCACUGAUACAUUGUGUGUUCUCUGUUAAGUUAUGUGACGAAAGGCUUUGUUGAGUGUAAUUUAAUGCAUCUACUGAAUUUGAUCUCACUAUAAGUAUUGAUAAUAGUAAUAAUCAAAAAUGCACUAUAUGGAUCCAAUAGAGAAAUGUAUAACUGACAAAGACUUAAAAAGGCAAUGAAUUUCUGAUAAGCUGUGGAAUGAAAAAAAAGUAGGCUACCUAGUAUCUGCCAUUGAGUGUGACUGUGAAAGCGAUGGUUCAUUCACCACUGAAAUUGUAUCUGUUUAUUUAUCAAUGGUGUAAUAUAAUGUCUUUGUAAUUUUAUGUAUUUGAGCUGAUAUGAACAAAAAUACAUUGUAAUUUAUUGUAAGUUGUCAUUAUUACAUUGACAUUUUAACUGAGUGUGUCUUCAUUGGAUCCAUCACCCACACUGGUUGUUCAAGCACUGUAUUACUUCCUCAUUAGUGCAGAAGAAGACAGAUUGUCUGGAUUUGAAGAGUAAUACCACAAUG